GAUGUUGAAGAUUUGGGACAUAAACUUGGAAUUUCUACUGCUCUAAACAAUUUUCACAACGUGUCAUUAGGUCAAGGCCAAGAGGUUGUUGCAGAAAGUGCAAUGGAAAUUUCGGCACAAAAUGGUCAUUGGGUCGUUCUUCAGAAUAUACAUUUAGUGAAAAAGUGGCUGCCGACGCUUGAAAAGAAAAUGGAACUACUCGGAGACACUGCUCAUCCAAGCUAUAGACUAUUUUUAAGUGCUGAACCGGCAGCUACGGCAUCGGCACACAUUAUUCCACAAGGMAUUUUGGAAUCGUGUAUCAAAAUUACGAACGAACCGCCUACAGGUAUGCAAGCAAAUUUGCACAAGGCGCUAGAAAAUUUCAAUCAAGAAACACUGGAGAUGUCAUCCAAAGAAGCCGAGUUCAAAGCGAUCCUAUUUUCACUUUGUUAUUUCCACGCCGUAGUCGCCGAACGUAGAAAAUUCGGUGCGCAAGGGUGGAACAAGAUCUAUCCGUUUAACGUCGGUGACUUAAAUAUAAGCGUCAGCGUGCUGUUUAACUAUUUAGAAGCAAAUAACAAAGUUCCAUGGGAAGAUCUACGGUAUUUAUUUGGAGAAAUCAUGUACGGAGGCCAUAUAACAGACGAUUGGGAUAGAAAAUUGUGUAUAUCAUAUUUGGAGGAACUGAUGCAGCCUGACCUGAUCGACGGUGAUCUUCACCUCGCUCCGGGUUUCCCCGCACCACCUAACACAGAUUAUCAAGGUUAUCACAACUACAUCGACGAAGUCUUACCUGCCGAGAACCCUGUGCUAUACGGCUUGCACCCUAACGCUGAAAUUGGAUUCAUGAGUACAACUUCCGAGAAUUUGUUUCGCACAGUAUUCGAAAUGCAGCCACGGGAAGCUGGUGCGAUCGGAGGUACGAACGUUACUAGAGAAGACAAGGUUAAACAGAUUGUCGACGAAACGUUAGAAAAAUUACCUGAAGAAUUCAACAUAACUGAGAUGAUGGGUAAAGUCGAAGAAAGGACACCUUAUGUGAUUGUAGCCUUUCAAGAGUGUCAACGGAUGAAUUUCUUAACUAGCGAAAUGAAACGGUCUCUGAAAGAACUAGAACUUGGACUUAAGGGUGAAUUAACCAUUACUUCGGACAUGGAAAACUUGGAAAACGCCUUAUUCUUGGACCAGAUCCCUUUGGUAUGGACGAAUCGAGCUUAUCCGUCUUUGCUAGGUCUUGGAGCAUGGUUUUCCGAUCUUCUACUACGUAUUAGAGAGUUGGAAACAUGGACCACUGAUUUUGUCGUUCCCACAUCAGUUUGGCUUUCUGGAUUUUUCAAUCCACAAUCGUUUUUGACGGCGAUUAUGCAGAGCACAGCGAGGAAACACGAAUUGCCUCUCGACAAAAUGUGUCUCCAGUGUGAUGUGACGAAAAAGCACAAAGAAGAGUUUAGUGGAGCCGCCAGAGACGGAGCUUACAUUCAUGGGCUUUUCAUGGAAGGCGCCCGAUGGGAUGUAAUGCAAGGAGUCAUAAUGGAAUCUAAACUCAAAGAGUUAUUCCCUCAAAUGCCGGUGAUUAAUGUCCGAGCGAUUACACAGGACAAACAAGAUUCACGGAACGUUUACGAGUGUCCUGUGUACAAGACUAGAACGAGAGGGCCGACGUAUGUGUGGACUUUUAGUCUUAAAAGCAAAGAUAAAUCAUCCAAAUGGACAUUAGCCGGUGUCGCACUUUUGUUACAAUUAUAAGUUAAGUUAUACCAACAUCUAUUUCGUUUAAUAUUAUAUUAAAGCCAUAGAUUAUCACUUGAAACUUAUUAUAUCACGAACUUGUUAUCUACACUUAAAAUAUUAUUUUUACUAUUAUUAUUUUUGUUAAAACCUGAUCGUGUUAAAAAUAUUCAU